GUUUAUUAAGCUGCCACAAAUAAAUGGCAUUGGUCUCACUAACUCCAACAAUCAAGUUAUCUUGGGAACCAAAUGCUACCCAGACCUUGUCUCUGCUCAAUAGAUGUUCAAACAUGGAGGAACUAAAGCAGAUUCAUGCCCAAAUGUUCAAACUAGGUCUUGCUAACGAGACCGUUCCACUAAGCAACAUUCUAACUUUCUGCACCUCUAGAAAUUCUGGCGGUUUAUCCUAUGCUCAGAUGGUGUUUGACAGAGUUAACACACCCGAUACUUUCAUGUGGAACACCAUUAUCAGAGGAUUUGCCAACAGCAGCGAGCCUGAACAAGCCUUGCUUUUGUAUCAACAGAUGCUUACUCAUUCAGUUCCACACAAUUCUUACACCUUUCCGUUCCUGCUCAAAGCCUGUUCCAAUCUAUCAGCCUUGGAAGUAACCCAACAAAUUCAUGCUCAAAUCAUAAAAUUGGGGUUUAGUUCCGAGGUUUUUGCUAUAAAUUCCUUGCUUCACGCCUACGCCAUUUUUGGAAGCAUUGAAUCUGCACGUCUUCUGUUUGACCGAAUCCCCCACCGUGACAUUGUUUCCUGGAACUCAAUGAUUGAUGGCUACAUAAAAUGUGGUGCCAUUAAAACGGCUCAUGAAAUUUUUAAUGAUAUGAAAGCAAAGAAUGUUGUAUCUUGGACAACGAUGAUUUCUGGGUAUGUUGGGGCAAGCAUGAACAAGGAAGCAUUGAAUCUAUUUCAUGAAAUGCAGAUAGCUGGUGUUAAACCUGACAAUAUAGCUCUUGUAAGCACCAUUUCAGCGUGUGCACAUCUGGGAGCAUUAGAUCAAGGCAGAUGGAUUCACAAGUAUAUUAAAAAAAUAGGUAUUCAAGUCGACCCAAUCUUAAGCUGUGCUCUUAUAGACAUGUAUGUGAAAUGUGGUGACAUGGAAGAAGCCCUAGAAGUGUUUAGGAGAAUAGAGAAGAAAGGUGUGUCUGCAUGGACAGCGAUAAUUUUUGGUUUCGCAAUUCAUGGACAAGGAAGAGAAGCUCUAAAUUGGUUUUCAGAAAUGCAGAAGGUAGGAAUUAAGCCAAACCUGAUCACCUUCACAGCUAUCUUGACAGCGUGUAGUUAUGCAGGACUAGUAGACGAGGGAAAAUCAUUGUUUGAGAGCAUGGAAAGGAAACAUAACCUGAAGCCAACGAUAGAGCAUUAUGGGUGCGUGGUUGACCUACUAGGAAGAGCAGGGCUACUAAUGGAAGCUAAAAAGUUGAUAGAUACAAUGCCUGUUAGACCAAAUUCUGUCAUUUGGGGAGCCCUACUCAAGGCCUGCCGGAUCCAUGGAAAUCUCAACUUGGGUAAACAGAUAGGAAAAAUCCUGAUUGAAAAUGACCCUGAACAUGGUGGCCGAUACAUUCACCUUGCAACCAUUUACGCCAUGGCAAGGGAAUGGGACCAUGCAGUUGAAGUAAGAAGACAAAUGAUCGACAAGGGAAUCACCAAACUUCCAGGCUGCAGUUCGAUUAGUCUAAGUGGUAUUUCCCAUGAAUUUUUUGCAGGGGAUAGAUCCCAUCCACAUAUUGAUGAGAUUAACCGCAUGUGGGACCAAAUUGCUAAGAGAUUGAAACAGGAAGGAUAUAAGCCAUCAACAAGGGGUUUACUAUUAGAUCUUGAGGACGAGGAGAAAGAAACAGCAAUCCAAAAGCAUAGUGAGAAACUUGCAAUUGCAUUUGGUCUAAUCAAAACUCAACCAGGGGAAACAAUUCGAAUCAUUAAAAAUCUACGGGUCUGUGAGGACUGCCACACAGUAACAAAGCUUAUCUCCAAGCUCUACGCCAGGGAGAUCAUAAUGCGAGAUAGAACUCGGUUUCACCUUUUCAGUGAUGGAAAAUGUACAUGUGGAGAUUAUUGGUAAUAAGCAAGAGACAUAAAAUACAAUUUUAUGAUCCACUGUGA